GAAAUACGGGCACCAAUAUUGGUAGUAAGAGUCUAAUGGAAAUUGGCAAUGGUAAUGACCAAAAUAGUGGUAAUAGUGGUUCAAAUAAUUGUAAGGGACUUCCAAAUGGUUCGAGUGUUAGGAAACUCGAAUAUGGUGGUAACAAUACAUAUCUCAAACAAAACGAUUGUAGCAGCGCUGGAAACAAUAAUAUUAACAACGUCGUCUCCAGAUUCAGUGUUUCCGGUUCCGUAAUGUUGGAAACUUUAAUCAAUAACAAUAUAAAUCAAAAUGAUCAUAAUGGUGAAGGAAGCGAAUCAAAGAAUAUCGAAAGUGGUAAUGGUGCAAAUGAUGAUAAUAAUAACGCAGAUUCUGUAUGGUGCAUAUAG